UUAUCGCUUCAUCCCGUUCUCCCACAUAAGUCUCCGGCGCACGUUAGUCUUCACCACCUCACAUGAAUGAUGAACCGUCACUUAUAGUAAUACCCAGUCUUUAAAUCCAAACCCUAAUGUUGAAUAGAUUAUAGAUUGCUUGUUAUCUUGAAGUUGAGCUUGAGAUUAUUUAAUUGAAAUUUGAAUACGAUGAUGGGCUCUGACAACCAGGGCUUCGUGGAAGCCCAUCUUUUCGCCUCACGAGAAGAAAUGGAAAAUCUUAUCCUCCACGACGACUCCACCACCACCAACAAAUCCUACUCAGAUUACCGUAGCGCAACGUCAUUAAGCCCGCCGAUCCUCGCGACUCCCGCCGAUUACGAUCCCUUACUCUCACCUCCACUGUACCCUAACGCACCGGACUAUAACUAUCACAAUCAUCACUCCUCUUACAUCGAGCCUCCGUCUUACGCUGACGUCAUCUUUACUCCCUUUGAUCAAAACAGCAACAACAACAACACUGACAACCAGAUCAACGGCAUCGAAAGCACCAAUGAAUUCCCUGAUUCUCCUAACUCACCUUCAAGUAGCUCCGAUUACAUAAGAAUCACAGUGUCAAACCCGCAGAAGGAACAGGAGACGUCCAAUUCGCUGGUGCCUGGUGGUAACACUUUCGUUACUUAUUUAAUUACCACACGAACUAACAUACCGGAAUUUAAUGGAUCUGAGUUCAGUGUACGGAGACGGUUUCGUGAUAUCGUUACGUUAUCUGAUCGGUUAGCCGAGUCGUAUAGAGGGUUUUUUAUCCCUCCCAGGCCUGAUAAAAGUGUUGUGGAGUCUCAAGUGAUGCAAAAACAGGAAUUUGUUGAGCAAAGGCGAGUGGCAUUGGAGAAGUAUUUGAGGAGACUUGCAGCACAUCCUGUCAUAAGAAAGAGCGAUGAAUUCAAACUGUUUUUGCAGGUGCAGGGGAAAUUACCGUUGCCUACCAGUACUGAUGUGGCAUCAAGGAUGCUGGAUGGGGCGGUGAAGCUGCCUAAGCAAUUGUUUGGAGAGAGCACGGCUGUUGUGGCACCUCAUGAGGUGGUUCAGCCCGCGAAAGGUGGAAGGGAUUUAUUGAGGUUGUUCAAGGAGUUGAAGCAGUCAGUUGCUAAUGAUUGGGGUGGGUCGAAGCCCCCUGUGGCUGAGGAAGAUAAAGAAUUUCUGGAGAAUAAGGAAAGGAUGAAUGAUCUUGAACAACAACUCAGCAAUGCUUCUCAGCAAGCUGAAACACUCGUAAAGGCUCAGCAAGAUAUGGGAGAAACAAUGGGAGAACUGGGAUUGGCAUUCAUUAAGCUAACAAAAUUUGAAAAUGAGGAGGCAAUGUACAACUCUCAAAGAUUACGGGCCACUGACAUGAAAAAUUUUGCAACUGCUGCUGUUAAGGCCAGUAGGUUCUAUCGUGAAUUGAAUGCACAGACUGUCAAGCAUUUGGAUACCCUCCAUGAAUAUCUCGGGCUUAUGUUAGCUGUCCACAGUGCAUUCUCAGACCGCUCAAGUGCUCUCUUGACGGUGCAGACUCUCUUCUCAGAACUGUCCGCAUUGCAAUUGAGGGCUGAGAAGCUUGAGGCUGCCUCAUCAAAAAUAUUUGGUGGUGACAAGUCACGUAUUCGCAAGUUAGAAGAGCUUAAAGAAACUAUAAGAGUUACUGAGGAUGCUAAAAGUGUUGCAAUCAAUGAAUAUGAGCGAAUCAAGGAGCAUAACAGGAUUGAACUUGAAAGGCUUGACAGAGAAAGGCACGCUGACUUCUUGAACAUGCUGAAGGGGUUUGUAGUAAAUCAGGUGGGAUACGCAGAGAAAAUCAGUAAUGUAUGGGCAAAGGUGGCAGAAGAGACAAGUGGAUACACAAACGAUGGCACUUAAACAUGUGGCUGUACAUGCAAAUCUUGAGCUUUUUCUUUUUUCACCACACAGUCAGUUUGUAGUGGUCCAUUAGUACUAGGAGAUAGAAUUACAUUGAUAGUAAUUGAAGAAAAAUGGAGCCAGUUUGAAGUUGUAUCUCUUAGGAAAAUGGUUUAAAUGAAAGUUAGCAUUUGAUAUUGUAAAUCGGUUGUUACUGUUUUGGUAUUUGGAAAAAGACUUUGCUGUUGUUGA